AUGUCUACAUCGCCCCCAUCGCCAAGCGACUAUGAGAGCAAGACCUCCGAUCCAGAGUAUGUGACGACCGUUGGGCCCUUUCAGUCCGACGAUCGGCCAGACCGAGUCGACGCGCCUUCGUCUGCUAGUCAGACACGCCAAUUGCCUUCCUUGCGCAUUCCACAAGCGAAAGAAGUACCCGUAGAAUCUGAGAAUGAAUUUCCCCGUUCAACCUCAGCCACAUCUUCUCUUGAUCCCUAUUAUUUCUCGAUCCCUUCACGCAACGGAUCACCGGUUCCUCCGCUUCCUGUGAGCAGGAAUACUGGAGAAGAACCGCAAAUACCACGAGAGCCUGCUACUCCUGCGAGAGAUCCUGCCUCAAUCGACAGAAAUGGUUUGGUGGGAGUCGGAGAGCUUCUUACUCCACGUUGGCCGACGCUUCCUUCUUCAGAUGAAAGUCUCCCGCUCUUUCAUCGGAUUGGUAGUGAAGAUGCAAAGGGACAAGACGAAAACCAGCCUAGAGAUGCGUCGGAUGACGAAAAUGAUCGAGGCAGUCCGUGGACUAUUGAAGCUGUGGAUGGGGAACAGGAUGAAUGCGAGAUAAAGGAUGCGAAUGCCGAUCGUUUGCAAAACUCACAAAUGCAUUUUAUUCCGGACGAAAGUGGAGGGGAGGAAAUACUUUAUCCUCGCAAACCACUGCAUGUCGAGAUCACCAGGAGUCCGGUAUUGAAUAAAAGCACUUCCCAAGCAAGCCGUCAAGGAGACUCUUCUCCUUCUGUGCCGACGUCUCCUCCGUCGUCGUUCCUUUCACCAACUCGGAAAGCGAAGAAACGUAGUUCUGAUGAGUUUGCUCUUGAUCAAUCGGGAUUUCUUGUCAAACCAUCGUCCAGUAAUGGAACUAGCUCGCAUCGUGAGGGUGGCGAUAAGCCAGCUUCGCAACUUACACGGAAGCAUCAGUCUCUUGUUGGUCCGUCAAGCUCCGGAGUUCCUGCUCGUGAAAAGAGAAGGGGUGGAAGCGUACGGGUGUCGAUGGUGUCUACAACGAAGUCUAACUUGAUACAGUCCAAGAAUGGGAAGCACUCACGUCAGCAGAGCGUUGGCUCUAUCUCGUCAAACCAUGGUGAUCCUCUACGGCGUAGGUUGUCGACCAGCGAUUCAAACAGUAUUCCGCCUUCUCCAAGCUCGAGCAGUCAAACGAAGCGCGUAUCAGGACCUUCGAAUCGGAUAAGCUCCGAAAAACUGUCGGUCCUUAAGGACAGGGACUCUCAUGUGCCUUCAAAUGUUGCACAUUCUCUACUGCGAGGUACACAAGAAGGUUGGUCUGGUUUGGAUGACGACGCGACGGCUGAGGCAUUGCGUAAACUAGACGGCAUUUCUGGGAAAGGACCGCGCUCCAGAGGAAGUGUUGGAGUCACUAGUCGCAUGAGUAACAAUUCACGCCCUGGGACACCUGGUACAUCACGAGGUCAUCGUUCAGAGGGUACUGAGGGCUCUGACAAGUUACAUCGGAUGAACAGCACUGGAACGAAUUCUGGGCGCGCUAAGGAAAGACUUCGACCAGAGUCCAAUGUCAUUCUUGAGAAAGAAGGUAGCAUCCGUGGGUCGGAUGGAGAACACCAUAAACCAUCUACCGGAGGGUCACCAGGUGUGAAAUCUGCUGACGAUCUCGGUGGAUCAGGUCCAGCGCAGGAAAGUGAUUCAAAGAAGCCCGUCGCAAGCGCCCGCUUGAGUUUCACUCCGAAGCGUAGUUCGGCUUCAUCGACGACUUACACUGCAACGCCAACUUCUUCAAGGGAAUCUGCAAAUUAUUCAACUGCCACAAGUGCUACAUCGGCGAGUGUGAACUCGCAAAGGUUUUCCCUCAUCAAGGCAAGGCGAAAUAGUGCAGGAAGUGAUGUGUCUAGCGUGUAUUCUGCCGACGCGUCUUCUCACAAGGAUCGAGCUGCGUCUCUGGCUACUGGCGAUUUGAUCGAUGGUGUCAACGUACCACCCGUUCCACCACUUCCGAAGGAUCUUUCCUCAUACAAAACACCUCCACAAUCUUCCACAAGCCUUGUAUUCUCAGUUUCCGACCCUGUACCAGAGAGUGUUAGGGAAGUUGGAAAGGAUACCCAUGUACAUGACAAGAUUCUCGAGGAACCGCGCUUCAACCAAGUUGCGCAGCCUUCACCUCGACAGGCCAUAUUUAAUGUACAUCCCGUGCCUGAAACUACUACAGUCUCGCAACCCGUUCCCAGGACUCCAUCCAAGAAGUGGAGCUUCACCAAUCCAUUGAGUAUUCGGCGUUCGACAUCGCCAAAUCGCCAUGAGGCAAACGUUUUGAAAUCACCCAAGCGACCAACGCGUUCCGGAUUAUCUGAUAAGCAAUCCCGUCCAACCUCCUCGUCGAAAGACUCGCCUAUGAUGCCUGUAAUUUCUCCGAAAUCUUCGGUGGAGGCAUGGCGCAGUAUACAGAAAGGUGCAAUGGCAUCUGAGACUUCUUUGACAUCGUUGUCUUCUCUGAGUUCAUUGCCUGAACCGUCACCACCGAUGUCACCGUCUCAGCAUGUUGGUAUGGCACCUGUCCGGAAAGACGAACACCGGGUUCCGAGCAGGUCUGGGACGGCUUCCAGCAACAGUGCUACACAUAUCUCCUCGUUUGACCCCCAGGUCAGUCAAGGGAGCCCAACAUCCAGAGUUUCGUCCCGGGAUGCAAGCAAUAAACGUCUAACGCCGUCCUCAAUACCAUUCUUCCGUCGUUCUUCUGCACAGUCUGUUCAGAUCCCUUCUGGUUCGGCGACGACUGGCAUGUCCACUUCUCCGACUUUCUCUUCUGCGCCACCGACGCAUCAUGUAAGAAAAGCUGACGUGUCAGACGGAAAGGACCAUCUUGUUUCUCCUACAACGCCCGGAUUCUCUCAUAGGAAGUCGUCCAUGUUGUCUUUAGGCUUACCUUCCAUCCUGAAGGGUUCGAGUUCGAGGAAGAGUUUGCAGGUCGAGAAGGGCUCGCUGAGUUCUCACGAACCCGAGAAAUUGAGAAAGUACAAGGAUUCAGAUGGAGAACACGCGAAAGGAAAGAAGGAAGAGAAGGAUCGAAGCGAAAGCCGUAUCUCCGUUCUUAUGGGUAGGAAACGUGGAAAGACACUCUCCUCCACAGACCAGAAAAAGGUUAAGCCGAUUACUUUGCCUCCCAUGCAGGUCUCCGCACUACCUCAGGCGACUGCCGACCGCAUCGCUCAUGUCAAGUUGCAUGAUUCCGCAUCGUCUUCCCCUCCCAGCUCUCGUCCAUUGGUGUCGUCCCGUCUUACCUCCCAGACGAUAAGUUCAAUGCAGAAACAAUCAGACUCUUCUCUUAGGAGCACACGACAACAGUUACCAACGAUUGCAGGUUCACCUUCUAUCGGGACUCACAGUCAUGCCAGCUCAAGGGAGCCAUCGUUUUCCAUGCAAACCUCUACUGGUUCUGGGCUUCCGAAAGAAACCCCAACUCGGAUUCCACGGAUAGCUAGCCGAUCAUCAACUGUAACAUCUCCAGCCCUCAAAGCUUCGUCUUCGAUAACUUCUAGGAGGACAAGUUUGAAUGUUGGCGCGAUGAGCUUGCAAUCUGAUGCUGGUGAUACUGGCACAGAGUCUCAUAAUGAAUUCGGCUUGCUCGAUAACUUAGAAGGGUCUUCGAAGUCACAGUCGUCUUCUCUGACAUAUCGGCAGUCAACAAGAUCGUCUCCUCCGGCUGGAGCCAAGAGCACGCGUCUAACGGCGGGGCUGUCGGCGGCUCCUUCGUCCGCCAGUAUUGCCCGGAAAUCGGCUCAUGAAUCAAACCCGAUUAAGGGCCUCCGAAAGUCGUCGACGGGCUCUGUUACUUCGAUCGCGGCUGCUGCAGCGGAACAACAGCAAAGUGCACUGGCUGCGCUUUCGCCUUCAAAGGGUUUGAAUAAACUCCUAAGCCCGAAAAUGUCGUUACCGGGCUCGCGUUUGUCAGGAUCAUCAACAACGCCAAAUCUUUUCCAGCAACGUUCAAAUGGUUCCCCAACAUCCAGGCGUCAAUCCUUCUCGACUCCGUCCCCGGUUCCGAGUUCUGUUGACGAGGAUGAGAUUCUUGGAGAUGAAGAAAUGAUGCAGUACAUCAAACGAACGCAAGCACGCAAGCUUGCGCAUGGUGCAAAGAAGGAUGAUCUUGACGAGCUUCUUAAAUUCCCUGAACCCAUUCCUCCUGCCCGACCCAGUUCUCCGGCAGCUGUAUUGAAUGGUGAUCGAUCCUACCAUUUGUCUGACUACGAACGCAAAGAGAUUCUAGACUAUUCGUCCGUCUAUUUCGUUAGCAGUAGAAACGAGAAGAAACUGGCAACUCGUGACGUGUCCGCAAAUAACUAUGGCUAUGACGACGACCGAGGAGACUAUCUCGUGACCAAUCACGACCACUUGGCAUAUCGAUAUGAAAUUAUAGACACACUGGGCAAGGGUUCAUUUGGCCAGGUACUGCACUGCAGGGACCAUUGCACCGGUGAAUCAGUUGCUAUCAAGAUUAUCCGAAACAAGAAGCGGUUCCAUCAUCAGGCUUUGGUUGAAAUUAAGAUUCUCGAGAAUUUGCGCAAAUGGGAUCCUGAAGAGAAACACCAUGUCAUCAAGAUGACGGAGCACUUUUAUUUCCGGAACCAUCUCUGUAUCGCCAUGGAGCUCUUGAGUAUUAACCUUUACGAGCUUAUCAAGGCCAAUGGUUUCGCGGGUUUCUCGACAACGCUUAUUCGUCGGUUUACAAGUCAAAUGCUCCUGUCCUUGUCUUUGAUGAGGCACCACCGUAUCGUGCAUUGUGAUCUUAAGCCAGAGAACGUCCUACUUCGUCAUCCGGCUAAGAGUGGAAUCAAAGUCAUCGACUUCGGAAGCAGUUGUCUCGAACACGAGAAAGUUUACACAUAUAUCCAAAGUCGGUUCUAUCGUUCUCCGGAGGUCAUUCUUGGGAUGAAUUAUAGCAUGGCUAUCGAUAUGUGGAGUUUGGGCUGCAUAUUGGCCGAGCUGUACACUGGUUAUCCUAUAUUCCCUGGAGAAAAUGAACAGGAGCAAUUGUCUUGCAUUAUGGAAGUUCUCGGAGUGCCGGACAAGGAAUUGAUCAAUCGUAGCAGCAGAAAGAGACUUUUCUUUGACUCCACGGGCCUCCCGAGGCCAGUGGUCAACUCGAAAGGUCGACGACGACGGCCAGGCACAAAGACACUGGCGCAAGUUCUCCGGUGUGACGAUGAGCUCUUCGUCGACUUUGUGUCCAAGUGCUUAAGUUGGGAUCCGGAGAAGCGCAUCAAGCCUCAAGCUGCUCUACGCCAUCCAUUCGUCACAGCUGGCCGAAGGGCAAAAAUUAUAAACAACCCCCCACCCAGUUCACCCCGUGGACAUCUAACUUCUUCGACUAGCUUGCUUACUGUUGCCGGGCGAAACAAGCAGCUAGAGACACCGAAGAAAUCACAAAUCAGUGCUCCGACACCUUUGACUGCUCGGAGUGCUCGGACAACAGGAACACAGAUACCCUCGACUCCUCUGAGCUCACUGUCACAUGCUUCUCAGAGCACGUCAAAAAGCUUCCGAUCUUAUCAUGCGCCGUAUCACUCAGGCCGCUCGGCCAAUGGAUUAGCUGUGCGCAAUGGUUCUCCUGGAUCUCAAUAA